UUCUUGCCUGGCCGGGGAUUGGCUGUCAGUUCACAACAAAUAUACAAAUAUGUGACCUCUUCUCCGGAAUCAAAUACUCGUACACCCAUACGUUGACAUAGGCCUGUUAGUAAUUGUUUCAUCUGGGGCUCCAAUUUGAUUUGGCGAUGAAAAGUUCCAUCUACUUACCGACUGCUCAUCAGUCAUUCAAUCAUCCAAGGGUCGUGGCAUCGUUUGUUUGACUCGCUUGAAAAUAGACUCAGUUUCCGAUUGGUGAGUGAUUGCUCCUAAAAAAUGAGUAGUUUGAUUGGUGCUAUUGAUCAAGGAACAUCGAGUUCGAGGUUUCUCGUGUUUGAUCUCCGCGAUGAAUCCGUAAUUGCCGAACAUCAGAUCCCGAUCCGGAGUGUGUAUCCCCAAGAAGGAUGGGUGGAGCAAGAUCCCAUGGAGCUCCUUGACACCGUCAAACAGUGCUUGAACCAGGUCCAUGGGCAAUUGCACCAAUCCGGUCGGUCUCUGGAUUUAAAGGCAGUAGGUGUGACCAAUCAACGCGAGUCCACGGUAGUGUGGGACAAGACCACCGGAAGGCCAAUUCACAAUGCCAUCAUUUGGUUAGACACUCGGACUCAGUCAACCGUCAACGCCUUAAUGAAAUGUGCCGGAUCCAAGGGCAAAGAUAGUUUACGCGAUAAAUGCGGUUUGCCCAUCUCGACAUACUUCUCUGCCGUGAAGUUGCGUUGGUUGUUGGACAACAUCCCCGAGGUGUCUGAGGCGGCACAAGCGAAGCGCCUUUUGUUUGGAACAGUUGAUUCCUGGUUGAUUUGGAACCUCACGGGCGGAGUCAACGGAGGCCGACAUGUGACCGAUGUUACUAAUGCAUCAAGAACCAUGCUGAUGAAUUUAAAGACGCUGCAGUGGGAUCAAGAGCUUUUGGACUUUUUCGGGGUGCAAUUGGAUGUUCUGCCCCGGAUAUGCUCCUCGGCUGAGAUCUAUGGCCAUUUGAACUUCUCGGGGAGUGACUGGCCGGAUGUACCCAUUGCCGGAUGCCUUGGGGACCAACAAGCAGCCUUAGUUGGCCAUCAAAGCUUCAAUGCAGGAACGGCCAAGAGCACCCUUGGCACUGGCUGCUUCAUGCUCUUCAACGUGGGUGAGAAGAUUGUCACUUCGUCCCAUGGGCUCCUCUCGACCGUUGGCUACCAAUUAGGCCCGGAUGAGGCUCCCGUUUACGCCUUGGAGGGCUCUAUUGCCAUCGCAGGGGCAGCCGUCAAAUGGCUGCAAGACCAGCUAGGAAUCAUCAAGGAGCCCCGAGAAAUUGAGUUAGUGGCUUCCAAAGUGGAGGACACGAGUGGAGUAUACUUUGUACCCGCAUUUUCAGGAUUGUUUGCGCCACAUUGGAGGUCGGAUGCCAAGGGUGUCAUCACCGGGCUCACACAAUUCUCGAAUGCCUCUCACAUAUGUCGGGCGGUUCUCGAGGCCAUUGCUUUUCAAACCCGGGAUAUUGUGGAUUGCAUGUAUCAAGAUAGUGGACUGACUCUCAAUAAACUUUUGGUGGAUGGGGCCAUGACCAAGAACAACCUAUUGAUGCAAAUCCACUCCGACAUUUUGAAUAUUGAGGUCGUCCGCCCUGAAAUGCCCGAGUUCACAGCGCUUGGAGCGGCCUUUGCGGCAGGAAAGGCCGUCGGACUUUGGGAGCCAGGGCGAAUCUCAGGCAACGCUCAAAAACUUUUUCGCCCGGUAAAAUCGCCAGCAUGGAGGACUGAGAAACUGAACUAUUGGCAUAAAUCGCUGGAAAAAAGCUUAAAUGAGGAACCUCUAAAGCUUAGAAAUAGUCUCAGUUAAGAUUUAAAUUAUGCUCAUUGAUCAGCGUUUAUUUUGAUAACUAACCUCAGGCACACCUACCAAUACGCACCUACUGCUGUGUUCUAAUACCUCGUUUUAUAAUGAAAUCUAUUCCAGCAUUUAUUGCGAAAUACAUGUCAAUACCUCUCUGAAAAAA